AUGCCUGACCAGGUACUGAGGUAAUCUUAAGUCAAAUGACCUGGGGGGCGGGGGGGGGGGGUGAUCGCAGUUUAAUUUGACAGUUACAUAACAUACCUAUUUUAUGUUCAUCCAACUAAAUUGUCCACUGUCACUUGAACUAUUUGUUUAAGGAUUAGUUGCUAUUGGUUGAAAAUACAUGUGUAGGUGAUAAACAAGGACCACAUUUUUGCUUAUAUAAACCAAUUAUAAUAUUGACAAAUAAAAAUUAUAAAUCCAAACUAUUACCUAUGGAUAUAUAAUGCACAACUUUAAAUUAGGGAUCUAUUACUGUACCAGUGCAAGAUGAAAAAUUAAUAUACAAUGUGUUUUUUAUACACAUUUUUUAGGGAGAAAUUGAGACUAGCAUAUGGUAAACUUGGGAUAUUGGCAAAUAUAUUCCCACAUACUCCUAUUGUUGCAAUGACUGCAACCGCCACUUAUGAUACGCAAUGUAAAAUAAUUGAAUCCCUUGGAAUGAACCGUCCACAAAUUGUCAAAACUAAUCCUGACCGACCAAAUAUUUAUUUUUCUUGCAAGAAAAGAGGCAAUUCAGGGGAAGAAAAAUUGUCUCCUAUUUUAGAUAAUCUUGUUGCAGAAUUGGAUCCCCCCGGAUUAAAUACACCAUUCACCCUGGUAUAUGGUACACUUGAAGUAGUGUCUGAAUGCUUGCUCUAUGUAAGCAGUAAGCUUGGAAAAAAGCAGUAUUAUCCUCCUGGGUCACAGUGCAUUUCUGCUAACAGACUUUUUGACCAAUAUUCCUGAACAUAAAAAACAUCACAUUGUGGAUGGACUCCUAUCAGGUAACUCUGUCUUGAGGGUUCUUUUUGUUACAGUGGCAUUUGGGAUUGGAGUUGAUCUUAAAGACAUAAGGAGAGUUAUACACAUUGGUGUGCCAUACUCAAUGGAGGAAUAUUUUCAGGAGAUUGGAAGAGGUGGAAGGGAUGGACUUCCAUCUACUGCUACACUGUACUAUAAUUCUCAUGACUUGUCAAAAAGAAGGAAAGAAAUGAGCAAUGUAAUGAGAAAUUAUGUCACCUCAACUAGUGUAUGUCGACGUGAAAUGAUCUUAAAAUACUUUGGGUAUAUCUUGGACGGUUGUACCUUACUUCCAAAUGUUGUGAUUACCACAAAGAUAUAUGCGAUUGUGAAAAUUGUUCUGUAG